UGAAGGUCAAGUAUUUAUCUGCAAAGCACACAUUCACAGAUGGUAUUUUAUAUUUUAUGAGCCUCUAUUCUGGCACUCUCCGUUCUGGCACUCUCCGUUCUAUGAUGGGUAUCUCCAUCCACAGCCUUACAGUCCUUCAUAUCACCCAGUGAAGAAAGGUCCUUCGUCUGAACCCAAGACAGCCUGUCUCCUUUCCCCAAGCAAAUCUUUUCUUAUUCUGGCAAUAGCUGGACAUAAUUCUGCAUGAAACAUGUCAUACCUCCAGCAGCAGCUCAAAAAUUUCAACGCCAGCGUCAUCGACUCGGCGAGUCGACUACCUCAACAGAGGCGCAUCAAUCAGUCAGCUAGCAGCUCUCAAGUACCGUCCUCUGUCCCUACGCCAACACUGACGCCCGGCGGCGAUAUUAAAAAGAAACGUGAUGCAGACAUUGUCUACUCGCAGCCUGCCAAUACCGGCACGGGCAAGGAUAUCAUGACGCAAGUUCUCUUUGCGAUCGAGCAUAUGAAGUCGAAAGGUAUACCGCUCAAGUUCUCGGAUAUCGUCUCGUAUCUUUCCCUCCAAAAUCGUGCGCAUGACCAGGGUUAUGUGCAGGCUCUUCGGAGCAUUCUCCAAGUCCACGAGAAGGUCGAAUAUAAUCCCACCGGCGCUAAUGGGGAGGGUACGUUCAGAUUCCGCCCGCCACACAAUAUCCGCACUCCAGAACAGCUGCUUCAAAAGUUACAAUCGCAGACGACUGCAGCAGGUAUGAGCGUCCGGGAGUUACGGGAGGGUUGGCCAAACGUGGAGGAGACGAUCAAUCAGCUGGAGAAGGAGGGCAAGCUGCUUGUCACGCGGAAUAAGAAGGACGAACAUGCCAAGAUGAUCUGGGCAAACGACCCAUCGCUGAUGCAGCACUUCGAUGAGGAGUUCCGUCAGAUCUGGGAGAAGAUUAAGGUGCCCGAUCAACAAACUGUGAAAGAGGAGCUAGAGAAGGCCGGCAUUACGCCAACGAACAAGAACAAGAUCGUCAAAGUGCGGCCCAAGGUCGAACAUAAGAAGGCCAGGAAGCCUCGACGAAGUGGCAAGACGACUAAUGUCCAUAUGAUGGGUGUCCUGAGGGAUUAUUCCCAUCUCAAACCCUAACAUGGGCGGUUACGUUCUCCUUUUGUCUUUUUCUACUAUUCGGGUUAGAAAAUAUUGUCUUUAGAUUGGAUGGGUUGCCUCAUUGCAAUUGGCGUUUUGGUGCGACUUUUUACCUUGAGGAGGACGGUUCUGUCUUGUUCAGGAGAUUCUUAUGCUUUUGGUCAAGCAUCUUUGAUAAUAUUUCUUUUAAUGCGGUAUGGCCAUGUACAACAAAAGUCUAAGAAAUAAUACCCACAGGGAGCGAAAUGAAUACAUUUUAAAUAUAAAAGU